AUGGGAACUGCAGUCUCGACUGUUUACUACAAUCUUAAGCUCAGGCAUCCAACUAUUGACAUUCCAAAUAUCGACUAUGACUUGGCUGUUCUCAUCCAACCUAUGCUUAUGCUAGGCAUUAGCAUAGGAGUUGCUUUCAAUGUGAUAUUUGCCGAUUGGAUGGAGGCUGCAAAGCGAUUGGAGGCAGAUGGCAAUGGUACAGAAGCAGAGUAUAAGCUUCUUCCUGGAGGCCCUAGCAAUAGCACGGAAAAUGAGGCCAAAGUCUUGGCAAAACCCAGGGUCAGUAUCCUCGAGGAUGUUCGUUGGAAGGAACUUGGGCUUCUUAUCUUUGUUUGGAUGGCAUUUCUUGCAUUGCAGAUCAUCAAGAACUAUACAGCUACAUGUUCAGCAAUAUACUGGGCAGUGAACUUGCUGCAGAUCCCUGUCUCUCUUGGUGUAUCUGGUUAUGAAUCAAUUUGCCUGUACAAGGGAUGGAGAAAAAUUGCAUCUACAGGAGAUGGAGGGUCCAACUUGAAAGUUCACCAAUUGAUAACCUACUUCUUGUUAGGCGUACUGGCUGGUAUGAUAGGGGGUCUACUAGGUGUGGGAGGUGGAUCUAUCAUGUGUCUGCUAUUUUUGGAGUUUGGUGUUCCACCUCAAGUGAGCUCGAGAUCUUUCUAG